AUGGACGAAGACACGUGCGCUAAAUGUGAGGAAAAGCCUGGUAAUGUCUGCUGCUCCUGUGGUGAACGAUUCUGCCAAUACUGCUUUGCCAACAAACACCUCCCGCGCAACCGAACCCACAUAGAAAUAGUAUCGCAGAGGACUCCCAACACAGUGGAGAGUCUAGUCGGAGCUGCGAAAACAAACGACACCGUCCAAUUAGUUGAGCUACUUGAACAAAACGUUCCCAUCGAUGGGAAACACCAUGGCUGGACGGCCCUUGGGUACGCGGCAUACAACGGGCAUUUGGACACUGUCCACGUCCUCCUCCUUCGCGGCGCUGAUAUGGAUAUCCGCAUGGAUGUUGGUUUCGGUGUUCUUCCUGGUGAUGGCAGUGCCAUUAACUGGGCAGCAUACGGCGGCUACCUGGACAUUAUCAAGCUACUUCUGGAAACAGGAGCGAAAGCUGAUAUCUGUGCCACAAGACCGGUAUUCCUCGGUACGGGAGGGACUCCAAUUACCAUGGCUGCUGGGAAAGGUCAUCUUGAGGUUGUUAGGUAUCUGCUCGAAAAGGGCUGCGACGACGAUAGCGAGGAGGGUGUUCCCGGCUGGGAAGCUUUCAUCAUCGCUUGUGAGCGGGGGCAGCUCAACAUAAUCAGAUAUCUUCUCGAGGAAAGAGGCAUGAACGUCAACAGAAUCGGUAACAAAGGCCUGACGCCUCUGAUCACAGCUGUGCAGAGUCAACAAACGUCUGCCAUGGAUUACUUGAUCAAGUGCGGCGCGCAAAUAGAUGCGAAUGAUAAUGAGGGGAGCACGGCGUUACUCCAUGCUGUGAUGAAGAAGAGAGUUAGUGCGGUGGAGUGGUUGGUGAAGCGUGGUGCAGAUGUGAGGAAGCAGAAUAAGAAGGGGAUUUCGCCGUUGAAGCUGGCACAGGAUGAGUUGCGGAGAAACCAUGAAGAUAAGAAUGCGACGGCUAUGGUUAAAUGGCUUGAGACCCCGAUUAGGGUUGUAUUUCACACAAAGGCUUAG